GCGCUUCUGCUUAAGAAGAGGUUAUUGCUUUCUGUUACUAUUUCAGGCGUGCUCUUUCUAUUUGAAGGUUUGGACGAGGGAAGGUGAAGUUCCGACGAAGUGGCCUGGAGAGUUUAUAGGAGUGCGAAGGCAAUGGAGCAAAAACAUUUUCUCAUGUCCGCAUUGGGCGUGGGAGUAGGUGUCGGAGUCGGGCUUGGUUUGGCUUCUGGGCAGACUGUGGGUAGAUGGACGGGAGCCAAUUAUUCUUCAAAUGUCAUUACAGGAGAGCGGAUCGAGCAGGAGUUGCUGCGACAAGUUGUCGACGGCAAACUAAGCAACGUCACCUUCGAUGAGUUUCCUUAUUACCUCAGUGAGCAAACACGGGUGUUACUGACAAGUGCUGCCUAUGUCCAUCUGAAGCAAGCAGAAUUUUCUAAGCAUACUCGGAACCUCUCCCCUGCAAGUCGGGCCAUUUUGCUGUCUGGACCUGCUGAGCUUUACCAGCAAAUGCUUGCCAAGGCAUUGGCCCAUUACUUCGAAGCCAAGUUGCUCUUGUUAGAUGUAACAGAUUUUUCUCUAAAGAUGCUGAGCAAAUAUGGCAGUAAUAGCAACAAAGAACCCUCCUUCAAGAGAUCCAUUUCAGAGAUGACAAUGGAGCGGAUGUCCAAUUUACUUGGUUCCUUUUCAAUGCUUCCUCCUAGAGAGGAAACCAAAGGUACAUUGCGGAGGCACAGCAGCGGUGUAGAUAUCAGGCCAAGGGAAAUUGAAUGUUCUAAUAUUCCUCAGAAGCUUCGUAGAAAUGCCUCUGCUGCAGCUGACAUCAGUAGCCUUGCUUCACAAUCCGCUACCGUUAAUUCAGCUCCUCUGAAGCGCACCAGCAGCUGGGCUUUUGAAGAAAAACUUCUUAUACAAUCACUGUACAAGGUUCUAGUUUCAUUGUCAAAAACCAGUCCACUUGUCCUCUAUGUCAGGGAUGUUGAAAACCUUAUCUUCCGAUCACAAAGGAUAUACACAUUGUUCCAGAAAAUGUUGAAUAAACUAUCAGGAUCUGUUUUGAUACUUGGUUCACGGAUGUUGGAUCCGGGUAAUGACUAUGGAGAAGUGGAUGAGAGGCUUACCCUUCUAUUCCCUUAUAACAUUGUUAUUAGGCCACCUGAAGAUGAGACACACCUUGUGAACUGGAAAUCACAACUGGAAGAGGACAUGAAGAUGAUCCAGUUUCAGGAUAACAGAAACCACAUUAUUGAGGUUCUUGCUUCAAAUGAUCUUGACUGUGAUGAUCUGGGCUCAAUCUGCCUUGCAGACACAAUGGUUCUCGGUAAAUACAUAGAAGAAAUUGUGGUAUCAGCAAUUUCUUACCAUUUGAUGAAUAACAAGGAUCCUGAAUACAGAAACGGCAAGCUUGUUAUUUCAUCCAAGAGUUUGUCCCAUGGGCUGAGCAUAUUCCAGGAAGGUAAUUCUGUUGGUGAAGACACUCUAAAACUGGAAGCAAAUGCUGAAGCUGCGAAGGAACCAGAAGGGGAAGAGACUGCUGGAGUGAAACCUGAAUCAAAGGUUGAAGGUCAGACCCCUGAAAGCAAAACUGAAGCAGCAGUUCUUGUGGUGAAGAAGGAUGGUGAGAAUCAAGCCCCUCCAUCAAAAGCGCCUGAAGUUCCUCCAGACAAUGAAUUUGAGAAGCGCAUAAGGCCUGAAGUCAUCCCUGCAAGUGAGAUUGGAGUGACAUUUGCAGAUAUUGGUGCACUAGAUGAGAUUAAAGAAUCUCUUCAGGAGCUGGUCAUGCUCCCCCUUCGAAGGCCAGAUCUUUUCCAAGGAGGGCUUCUAAAACCUUGCAGAGGAAUAUUGCUAUUUGGGCCUCCUGGUACUGGGAAGACAAUGCUGGCCAAGGCCAUUGCCAAUGAGGCUGGAGCAAGCUUUAUUAAUGUCUCCAUGUCUACCAUCACUUCAAAAUGGUUCGGGGAAGAUGAAAAGAAUGUCCGAGCCCUUUUCACCCUUGCAGCAAAGGUCUCUCCUACAAUUAUUUUUGUGGAUGAAGUUGACAGUAUGCUUGGGCAAAGGACCAGAGUUGGGGAACAUGAGGCCAUGAGGAAGAUUAAGAAUGAGUUUAUGGCACAUUGGGAUGGGCUGUUGACGAAACCCGGUGAACGAAUCCUUGUUCUGGCUGCUACAAAUAGACCAUUUGAUCUCGAUGAAGCAAUUAUUAGGCGGUUUGAGCGCCGAAUUAUGGUUAGCCUGCCAUCUGUGGAGAACAGGGAAUCAAUCUUGAAAACACUAUUGGCAAAAGAGAAGGUUGAAGAAAGACUAGACUUUAAGGAGCUUGCAACCAUGACAGAGGGGUACAGUGGGAGUGAUCUUAAGAACUUGUGCACGACAGCUGCUUAUCGGCCUGUCAGAGAGCUAAUCCAACAAGAGAGACUGAAGGAUUUGGAGAGAAAGCGGAGAGCUGAGGAAGGACAAAACUCGGAAGACGGUCCAGAUACAAUAGAAGAACCUAAAGAAGAGAGAGUAAUUACCCUCAGACCAUUGAAUAUGGAAGACAUGAGACAGGCAAAGAAUCAGGUAGCAGCCAGUUUUGCAGCCGAGGGAUCUAUAAUGAGUGAGCUGAAGCAGUGGAAUGACUUGUAUGGGGAAGGAGGUUCAAGGAAGAAGGAGCAAUUAUCAUACUUCCUUUAGAGAGGGAAAAAGAAGGCAAUUAUAUACACCAAUUGAACAGAUACAUUCUCUUCGAAAGAGAGAGAGAAAGCUUUUGAGGAAGGUGUCACUUGAAACUUAAGUGUCUGGACACCUGAAUUGCUGAAGAAUCAAUCAAAACCACUGGCAGCAAAGGUGAAUGUAAAUCCACUGCAAAUGUAGUUUGCUCGAGUUGGCAUUUGAUGUUCUUCACCUUCAAUAUAUUAGGUUAUUGGUGUGGAAUUGUAGAGCAAGUUCCUGGUUUCCUUUCUAACAUGCUUCACCUGAGAAUGCAUCGAGGGGACAAAAUUAGAGGGACUUGUCUACAUCUCUGAGGUUAUGGUGAUCCAUAGGUUAUGCUGGCAACCAACUGCCUCCAAUUGCUGCUGUGUUGAUUGUGGUGUUGUGUUGUGUUGUGUUGUUGUUGUAGUAUUUGGAAGUGUUUUAUGUUUUUCAUAUUGUAGGAGAAAGAACAACUAAUUCUAUUGAGAUUAUUUAAAAUAUUUGUGUAAGCAAUGAGGAAGUAGCUUGUUUUUAUUCUUAACUUGUGAUUUCCCUU